CUCAAAUCUUCCACAGUUUCAUUCUUCUUGACAGUUGGACUUGCCCCAUGCUUUCUAGUUUUUAUUUUUGAUCUCCCUUGCUUGCUUUCUUUCUUUAGACUGCCGAGUGAACCCAGAAGAAGAAUCUCUCUGAUUGCGUCCGUCACCUCUCUCUCUUUUGAGGAAAUCAAGGCAACAAUUCCGAAAGAAACAAAUACCACCCCUCCACUUGCCUUGCUCUCCAAAUCUUACAAAUCUUGAAACCACAAAAAUUGGACCACCAAGAUCUCUUUGCAAAAAGUCAGUCUGUCAUGAUCAUCAUAUCUUUUUGUUUACUUCUAUGAACUUCAAACGCUAAACCCUCCUCCAGUCUAAUUCAAAUCUUGCAAAUCCACUUUAGUGUUUUGGGUUUUGAUGCUGAGUAUCGACAAUGGGUAUAAACUGAGUAGAUUUUUAGGAAUCUUGAAGAUUCAGUGAGAAUUUUGCAGAUGGAAGGCAAACAACAUAGAGGGCAUUCAAAGAUUCGAAAGAGAGGUUGCUCAUCAUCAUCAUCAUCCUCAAUUGUUAAAAGAUACAGAAUCAAGCGCGCAAUUCUUGUUGGAUUAAAAGGUGGGUCUAGCACUCCAGUCCCAACUUGGAAGACAAACACGAAAUCACCUGCUUUAGCUAUGCCAAAUGUUGAAUUCACUCCCUCUCAGGGCAGAGAAGUUCCUGUGUCUGCAAGAAAACUCGCUGCCACUUUGUGGGAGAUCAAUAAUAUCCCUUCACCCAAAAAAGAUUUGGACAAGAAAGAGUUGAAAAACAAAGAAAAAUUGCCACAACAUCUGUCAGAUCCGUCUUAUAGUCCUGAUUCUGAGGGGAUGGAUCGAUCCAGAUGCCAGGGUCAUAAGAAAAGAACAUCAAUUGUUACUAAGAAACUUCAGAUGACUGAUUAUAAGUUUGAGGGUGCGGACUCUGUCAACAAUACCAGUUUGAUGGAGAUUGAAACUCAUUCCAAACACAAAACGCACAAUGGCUGCAUGGUUGGGAUUAAAACCCGCCUGAAGGAUGUUAGUGAUGGCCUAACAACAUCUAAAGAGCUUCUUAAAGUUCUGAAUCAUAUCUGGGGUCUUGAAGAGCAUCAUUCAGCAGGCAUAUCUCUUGUAGCAGUUCUGCGAACUGAACUCAGUCGAGCCCGCAACCAAGUUGAUCAAUUGAUAAAAGAAAAAAGAUCUUACCGCAAUGAGGUUGAGGACCUUGUGCAGCAUUUUGCGGAAGAAAAGGCACAAUGGAAAAGCAAGGAGCGAGAGAGGAUUCUCAAUGCCAAUGCCUCUAUGGCUGCAGAACUUGAAGUAGAAAAGAAACUAAGAUUACAGACAGAGAGAUUGAACAAGAAGCUUGGAAAAGAACUGAAAGAUACAAAAGCAUCUCUAUCCAAGGCAAUGAAAGAGCUCGAGAGUGAGAAGAGGGCAAAAGAGAUAUUGGAGCAAGUAUGUGAUGAGUUAGCCAGAGGUAUUGGAGAAGAUAGAGCAGAGAUGGAACAGCUGAAGAGAGAAUCCUCAAAAGCUCGGGAAGAGGUCGAAAAAGAAAGGGAAAUGCUUCAGCUAGCCGAUGUACUGCGUGAGGAAAGAGUCCAAAUGAAGCUUUCCGAGGCUAAAUAUCAUUUUGAGGAGAAAAGUGCAGCUGUAGAAAAGCUAAGAAAUGAGCUUGAGGCUUACUUGAGAACCAAAAUAGGUGACGAGAAUGAUGAUGGUUCUCCAAGUUUUGAAAGAAUUAAAGAGCUUGAGGCUUAUUUAAAGAAAAUUCAGUUUGGAUCUUAUCAGAAUCCAGAUAAAGAGGAAGACAAACUUAGAAUAGCAAAUGGUGAAAACCAUGAAAGAGAUGAUUCAGGAGACAGUGAUCUUCAUUCCAUAGAAUUGAGCAUGGACAACAACAGUAAGAGCUACAAGUGGAGUUAUGCGUGUGAUGGAGAUGCUCAAGAUGAUCCAAAGAGGACUUCCGUAAAUAAAGAAACCAAGGGAAGGAAGUCCGUCACAGAAAAUCCAAAGUGGGGAGGAAUUUCCUUAAAUGGCAUUGAUUGGGACUUCAUAACUAGAAGUCGGGAAAAUUCAGAGAGAGUUGAUCAAGAACAGUUAUCUGAGAUGGUUUCAAAUUCACGCACGCUGGAUUAUGAAGAUGAAAUUAAGAGAUAUAAAUCUGUCAAGAGUCUCAGAGACCACAUAUUAUCCGGUCCUAAUACAGCGUCAGUGCAAAACUUUGCUCAUCCAACCCAACAAUGGGGCCAAUUGUUGGCUAUGGAAGGGUCCGGCAGUCCAGUUUCGGAAAGCUCACCAGUGCUGCAGGGGGAUAGUUUGAAACAUAGACUCGAAAUGUUGAGAACAAAAGCUGAGCGUCGGAGUUUAGGACAUUAGAAGUUUUUUGCCCAUUUUUGUCUUGUCUUGUGUUGUGUCUAAUGCUUUCCUUGCAUUUCCCUUGAGACGUUCAAUCUUUCCACUCCAUUAUUUGUUUUAAGUUAAUUGAUUAUGAGAUUUUGAAGUCGAGAUUGUACAUAGAAUGUCAUACAAGCUGUAUGAAUCUGAGAUAAUUUAUACAAAGCAUGCUACAAGAACUGGAGUUGCUGUACUUUGUCUUUGUAUAGUUUGCUUCCAUUGUUGUUUCACUUGAGUUUUGAUUUCAUUUGGAUUUUCAGGCAAAAACAUACAUAUCAGAUAGCUUGUCUUAGAAAGCAUAACAGAAAUGAGUUCUUUUCUGAAGAACAGUGGAAAUCUGAUGAAAGGCGAUUAGCAACUGACACCUGAAGGGAACACAUUUGCAAAUGAAAGAACAUGUCUAUGGCCACAAUGAAGGCAGCGGCACGUACAAUUGUUGAAGUUGUUUGUAGCUGAUAGGAGAGAAGAAGACACCAAAUGGGUUUUGGUUUGAGAUGUUGGAAACAUAGUGUGGAAACUUCCUGCAUGAUAUGCAAGCAUGGUUGGCCCACAUCCAGCACUUGUUCGAACACUGCGAGAUUUGUAUCAAAACAUUUUAGACUUUGAGAGGGUCACGGUAGUACAUGCAUCAUGGUCUGUCUCAAACGCACAGCGAUCCGGAAAAUCAAAUUGACAAAAGAUAAACCGGUGAUUGUUGCCUGUUGGCGGUCGAGGAUGGACGGGCUCUGGCCGGUCAGGAUUUUGGGUGUAGGUGAGAAAGAAGAAGCGG